AUGGCUGAAAAGCUCGAUCAAGCCGUGACCAGGGAGGUCCUCCCAACAAUGAACGAACUCGACCGCGAGAAGACCGGCUGCCUCGCCGAAGCUGUCUACGAAUCGACCGCCAUUGAGCAUGAACUGGGUACCUGGGAGGCCAUCAAGGUCUACAGACCUGCUGUUCUCUGGUCGCUCGGCUACUCUUGCUGCGUCAUCAUGGAGGGCUAUGACACCAAUCUCCUCUCCAACUUCUUCGCCUAUCCUUCCUUCCUGAUCAAAUACGGUAACUGGGUUGGAAUCACUCCCUCGACUCCUGUCGGCUAUCAACGUAUGUUCUCACGGCUCCAACUCGGGAAACCGCUUCUAACAAUUGAUUAUANNGUCACUGCGGCUUGGCAAGCUGGUGUCUCCCAAGGCGGUGGUGCUGGAUCAAUCAUCGGAUGUCUCCUCAGUGGUCUUCUUGUCUCUCGAUAUGGAUCCCGCAAAGUCACAAUGGGCGCGCUCAUGGCUCUGAUGUGCUUCAUCUUCAUUGUCUUCUUUGCGCCCAGCUUGCCCGUUCUCGCUGUUGGCGAAGUCCUUUGCGGCAUCCCAUGGGGUAUCCUGGCCACCACCUCUCCAGCCUACGCUUCCGAAGUACUCCCACCUUCCCUUCGUACCUACCUUACAUCCUGGACGAACAUGUGUUUCAUCCUUGGUCAACUAGUCUCGGCUGGCAUCCUCAAGGGUCUUUCGACACGCAUUGACGAGUGGGGCUACCGCAUUCCCUUUGCCAUUCAGUGGAUUUGGCCCUGUUUCCUGAUUCCUCUUGUCUACUUCUCGCCCGAAUCUCCCUGGUAUCUUGUCCGCGUGGGCAAGCACGCAGAAGCUGAAGCGUCUCUUCGUCGCCUCCAGUCAAGCGCCCAUCCAUCUGCUGUCAACCCUCAAAACACCCUCGCUACCAUCGUCUACACCGACAACCUGGAGAAGGAGCUUUCCGUGGGCACAAGCUACUUCGAUUGUUUCAAGGGCACCGAACUCCGCCGCACAGAGAUCGCCUGUUUGUGCUUUGCUGGCCAGAUUCUUUGCGGCAUUUGCUUCGCCUACAACUCGAGCUACUUCUUCUCUCAGGUCGGCAUGGGCACGUCUGCAACCUACUCUCUUGCUCUUGGCGGCACCGCUCUCGCCUUUGUCGGAUGCAUCUGUAACUGGCUUAUCCUCAUGCCUCGCUUCGGUCGCCGCACAAUUUACAUCUGGGGUAUGGGCGGCAUGUUUGUCAUUCUCAUGAUCAUCGGUAUCCUCAACAAAUGGACACACAACCACCAAAUCGCUAUGACUCAAGCUAUCCUCACUCUUGCCUGGACAUUCAUCUUCCAGCUCUCGGCGGGCCAGCUUGGCUGGGCUCUCCCUGCCGAAAUGGGAUCCACCCGUCUGCGCCAAAAGACUAUCUGCCUUGCUCGUGACGCUUCUAACCUUACUGGUCUCGUUGGUGGCACACUUCAGCAAUACAUGAUGAACCCCGAAGCAUGGAAUCUCAAGGGUUACACUGGAUUUGUCUGGGCCGGCACUUGCUUUGGCAUGUUUGUGUGGUCAUACUUCCGUCUUCCCGAGACUUGGAACCGCACGUAUCACGAACUCGACAUUAUGUUUGCGAGAAAGGUGCCUGCUCGCCAAUUUGCUUCCACUGUUGUUGAUGCUUUCGAGUCUGAUGGUUCGGAGGAGGAUCUUGUUUCCAAGGCUGCUAAAAAUGCUGCUAGAGAUGCUAUUAGGACUGGAUCUAUCACUUACCAGCCUUGA